AUGGGACUGAAGAGAAGUCGAGAGUCUGAUGCUAUAACUGUUAACAGUCGGAAAAAGCAGAAGGGGUAUUUGAAGGAUUCUUCUGUUGUCAGCAACACAAAACUAAGCAAUUCAUUCGAGUCGUUAAACGCUGCCCGUGAUGGUGAUGGUGAUGAUAAUGAAGAAUAUCUGGAUUCGGAAGUUAUCUAUGACUACAAUGAUAAGAGCCGGACGGGCGACACUGAGCUUGCACUUUUAGAUAGUAGCGACAACGAAGGAGAUGACGAUGACGGUGAGGGCGACGACAACGACAACGACGACGGCGAUGAUGAUGGUGACGAAGUACAUGUUGAGGGAGAUGACAAAGAUGUCGAGAAUGACAACAACAAUGAAAACGAAUUAACCAAGAAUCAAGAUUUCAUAGAGUUUGGUUUUGCCUCCAGCGACGACGACGAAGACGGAAGCAACAUGGGAUUCGAUGACGAAGAGAGUUAUCUGGAUGACGAACCGAGCAAAGAGAAAAAACCUUCAGAGCCCAAUUGCUUGUACCCCUGGGUUAAAAACCACGAUCACUCCCAACAGAGAGAAGUGGCCGACUGGUUGACUCUAGAAAUGAAGGACUUUGUCAACUACAUCUCUCCUUCAAGCGAAGAGAUUGUCACGAGGAACCUCGUGAUCAACACGCUAAAGACGGAAAUUUCCAAAUUUUGGCCCGGCACUGAAACACACGUUUUCGGGUCAUCAGCCACAGACUUGUAUCUACCUGGGUCUGAUAUCGAUAUGGUGGUGAUCUCCAGUGCCGGCGACUACGAAAAUAGAUCACGGUUGUACCAGCUAUCCUCAUUUCUCAAAGCGAAAAAGCUCGCCAAAAACAUGGAGGUGAUUGCCGGCGCCAAGGUGCCGAUCAUCAAAUUCGUUGACCCUCAUUCCGAGCUUCACAUCGACAUCUCGUUUGAACGAACCAAUGGCCUCGAUGCAGCCAGGCGAAUACGAAAGUGGUUGGUGUCGACCCCUGGCUUACGAGAGUUGGUCUUGGUUGUCAAGCAGUUUUUGCGGUCGAGAAAGUUGAACAAUGUGCACGUGGGCGGACUUGGAGGUUAUGCCACGAUCAUCAUGUGUUAUCAUUUCUUGAGGCUACAUCCCAAGGUUUCUACGGGUACAAUGCGCUCUUCGGAUAACUUGGGGGUGCUAUUGAUUGAAUUUUUCGAGCUAUACGGGCGCAAUUUCUCCUACGACAACUUGAUCAUUUCCUUGGACUCGACAACUGACGAGCCGCGCUAUUUGCAAAAAGACCGAUACUCAGUGUUGAACACUGCAAGAAACACUUUUGCCAUCGUCAUUCAAGAUCCAGCUGAUGCUCAUAAUAACAUAACCAGGUCCUCUUACAAUCUCCGGGACUUGAAAAAGGCGUUUGGAGGAGCAUACCAGUUGUUGGUUGCCAAAUGCUACGAGUUGCAUGGAGCUUCGUAUAAGGCACGAUUGAACCAGCUGAUUUUGGGUGACAUUAUCAAGUUCAAGGGCAAAGAGAGGCAUUUCAGAGACGAGCGGCAUUUGGUCGUCAACGAGGCGCUCGUGAGCCAUGAAGAGUACGCGGUUAGGACAAAAACAGGAGACAAUAACGAGUUUUAUUUUUCAGACAUGACCAGCGAAGAGGAGUACUCGCCAACGUUGGCCUCCGUCAAUUCAGCAACAAAACUGCCCACUCCAGCCAAAGCCAAAACCGUAGCUCCAACCCCGCUCACGAAUAAAGCGAAGGACACCAAGAAGUUGGUUGAGUCCUUUUUGAGCUUGGAAAAGUCGGAGAAUGAGGAUGAGGAUGAACCUAAAUCUGAAUCUCAGUCUGACUCUGACCAUGACCUGAAAUCUUUGCUGCGAUCAAAGCCCAAGAGUUCGCUAGACAAGGAUACCAAGAGAGAUUACUGGCGCCAAAAAGGUUUAGAUCUAUAG